CAUCUCCUAAUAUAUCUUGUCGCUUACUUGUCUCUCCUGGGUGCAGGAGAUGUCUGUGAUUAUCCAAUUGAAUCCAGAUGUCGGUUGACUUGAUGAUUUGUUUCGCUUUCUUCUCGCUCCCUCCCCGAUAACCAUCGCCAGUACCCCCGGCUUCUCCUCACUGGCCACACAACUACACCCGCACACACCCCGCCAAACCCCGUCUAGAGCCUUCUUCUUCCGUCCCGUUGCCGCCGAUUCCAUUCCGGUUCUGUCGCGAUGCAGCCCGAGUCGGAGAAGAAGUCCAAGAAGACUCCCCGCAAGCAUGUCACCACAGCUUGUGUUCCUUGCCGGGAGAGCAAGAUUAGAUGCGACGGGGCUUCCCCGCAUUGUAAUAAUUGCCAAAGAAAAGGGAAGGAUUGCAAAUACCAACAUGGCGACGACAAGCGCAAAGUGUCUCUCCGGGCUGCGACGGAGCUGUUCUCCGCACGAAUUGACCAAUUAACCCAAUUCAUCGAGGACCAUGGGCUAGAAUCUCCUCAUAUGAAACCUGAGGAUGAAGCGGGUAUGGAUCGGGUAUUAGAUACUCUUCAGAUUCCUCGGAAGCAUGUACAGAAAAAGAGCCCCAAGUCGAAGAACAAGCCGCCUGUCAAGCCCCAAGAGAAUGUCGCUCAGUCUCCUGCGCAAAGCUCCCCUGCGAGUAUUCCUGUCGGGACUUCUCCUCUUGGGGGGCAGCUGAAUCAGAUUCCUGAAUCGAGCGUGCCCGUGACCUCGUCGACGCGUCAAAAUAUCUACUCGAACCCCCCCUUCCUUCCUACAGAGAAAAGCCCAGACGCCACCCAUCCUUUCUCACUGAGCUCGGGGGCUUUGAACAACUACAGCUGGGGUUUCACACUUCCUACCGCAGAGAGCCUGGAUACACUUUACGCCAACUUAGAGAGCGGGAGUGUCAAUAUUCCAGCGGAAACGACCAGCCUGAGUCCAGAUAGUCUACAUUUGAGUCAGGAUAUUGCUCAGCAGCCAGGUGUCUUGCUCGAACAAGCGCAGAACAACGGGCUUUAUGAAAGUGACAGCGGCGAUGAAGAAGAUGAAGCAGAAAAGGAUGUGAUUGAUCAGAUCUCGCAUCGCAUUGGGACGCUGAAGAUCGCUGGUGAUGGCCAUCUACGGUUCUACGGUGCGACUUCGAAUCUUAAUUUGGUGGAUGUGUCUGCGACGCAACAGCGCCAGCGUCCGGAUGCGCGGACGGUUCGUCACGAUGGACAAGAUAUUCUGAACCAUCUGCGCGUUGGGCAACCGGUUGACCAGGAGUUGGAAGACCAUCUUGUCGAACUCUAUUUCACUUGGCAAAACACUAGCACCUACGUGGUGGACAAGGAGAUGUAUAUGAUAGCCAGAACGAAGUGGAGGGAUGAAGACGAUGACACGCCAUUCUAUUCAGAAGUGCUUACCAACGCGAUGUGUUCCAUCGGAAGCGCAUUCGAAGCACGCUAUCAUCCUACGUUUAUUACCUUCCCCAAAUCGCUAUCCGAGUUUUUUGCGGAUAGAGCCAAGGCUCUUUUGGAGAUUGAGCUGGACUCCCCGUGCGUUGCUACAGUACAAGCUCUUGUAAUUUUGAGCUGUCAUGAGGGUUCUUCGAACCGUGACGCGCGAGGAUGGCUUUACAGUGGGAUGUCCAUGAGACUUGCUUUCGACCUUGGGUUGCACCUCGACACGACAUCGUAUGUUGAGAAAGGUGAUAUAAGCGCCUUCGAAGCUGAUGUGCGUCGAGUGGCCUUUUGGGGAAGUUAUACUGCCGACCAUUUCUGGGGCUUCUACCUGGGACGGCCUUUUCGUAUGAAUACCGGGGAUAUUAAUGUCCCAAAGCCUGCCUCCGACAUAGCGGUCGAGAAAGAAGGGACUUGGUAUCCUUAUGGUCUCCAGACAAAAUCGGAAGUGCCCCCUACAGGAUUAAAAAGUCCGAAUGAAUUGAUCAGCAGGCAGUUUGCCGUUCUAUGGGAGAUCAUAUCUCCCGUGGGUCAUAUCCUCUAUGGAUGCUCCGAUAUCUCAAGGCACGAUUUACAAAGGUUGUGUUAUAGAGUAACCGAAGACUUGUUUGCUUGGAAAGCCAAUCUACCCUCAGCGUUGCGAAUUGAUCUUAAAAAUGAUGCCGUUCCAAUUUUACCCCAUCUUUUGAUGCUUCACAUGCAAUACCAUCAAAUAGUCAUCUUCACCCACCGGCCCUGGGUCUCGAAACACUACAUCCAGCCGCGCAGUCCCCGUCAAGGACCCGGCUACCACCACGCUAGACGAAUGUGCAUAGAAUCUUCCAUGGCUGUUGCCAGGCUACUCCAAAUCUACGAGAAACAUUAUACAUUCCGCCGCAUGAACAACCAGGUCGUCGCGAUCAUCUUCAGCGCCGCUCUUAUGCUUCUCUACGUCACUAUCUCCCCUGGAAAGGCCAACAAAAAUGAAAAUGGGGCCGCCCGUGCGGAAAUGGUUGCAUAUUUGAACCUUUGCUUCCGCGCUUUAGACGAGCUGGGCCAAUCUUUUGAGAACGCAAAGCGCACACGAGACUUCCUGGUCAGUCUACAGCGGAGAUGGCAAGCGCAUAUGCGCAGAUCCGGUGCAAAGCGUCAAAUGGGGAAUCGCCAAUCAUCAGAACCACCAGCCCAGGGCCGUUCAGAAGCCGACCCGUCGAGAAAGAGAUCCCGACUCUCUGUUUCAGGCCACUCCCUUCCCACUGCUACUGCUACCACCACCACCACCACCACCAACAACAACAACAGCAGCAACAAUAAAAAUAAAGCCUUCGCCAUCCCUGCAACACCACCUUCUACCAAACCACCAUCAUCACAAGCACAUCUCAGUGGGGACAUAGACUGGAUCCACAACUCAGAUCUCCAACUCCUUUCCGAGGGAUUGACGAAUGAUCAGUUCCCUCAAAUACCGGGAAAUCCGGCCUCGUAUGCCGAGGCAUCGACGAUACCGAGUCUUGCUGAUAUAGAGCCGUGGUGGGAGUCUCCAGAUGGGACUACGACUUUUGGGGAAUCUUCGUUAUAG